GUGGACCCUACCGCAGAGUGUCGCCACCCCUCUCCCCUUCACAAGUACUGCUCCGCUUAUCGCAGCAGGGCGAGUCCGAGAGAUGCAGGCACAAGAAAUGGCUUCAGACAGCAGAGGAGAUAAGCAAAGUUCUGUUAGAAGAGUUGCUGUUGUUGGUGCCGGUGUUAGUGGCCUUGCAGCAGCAUACAAGUUGAAAUUACACGGCUUGAAUGUCACAGUAUUUGAAGCCGAAGGAAGAGCUGGAGGGAAGUUGAAAAGCAAAUCACAAGAUGGUCUAAUAUGGGAUGAGGGGGCGAAUACUAUGACAGAGGUUGAGACCGAGGUUAAAUAUUUGAUCGAUAAUCUUGGGCUUCGUGGAAAGCAACAAUUGCCAAUUUCACAGAAGAAACGAUAUAUUGCAAGAGAUGGAGUGCCUAUACUGAUACCUUUGAAUCCCAUUGCACUUGUCAGAAGCAGUUUUCUCUCUGCACAAUCUAAGUUUCAGAUAAUGAUGGAGCCAUUUAAGUGGAAGAAAGCAAUUGAGUCUGAUACAGAAGAAAGUGUGGGUGGAUUCUUUCAACGUCAUUUUGGCAAAGAGGUCGUUGACUAUCUGGUUGACCCAUUUGUUGCUGGAACAAAUGCUACAGAUCCCGAUUCCCUUUCUAUACGAUAUACGUUUCCAGACUUGUGGAACAUAGAGAAAAAGUUUGGUUCGAUCAUAGUCGGAGCAAUUCUAUCUAAGUUAUCUGCCAGAAGGGAAAAGAGUGGUGCACUGAGGAGUUCCUCAACAAAUAAAAAGCAGCAGCGCGGUUCUUUUUCUUUUUUGGGUGGAAUGCAGACACUCACAGAUGCUUUGUGCAAACAACUUAGCAAGGAUGAACUCAAACUACAAUCAAAGGUGCUGGAAUUAUCAUAUAGCUGCAGUGGAAACUCUUUAUCAGAGAACUGGUCACUUUCUUAUGCUCCAAUAUAUACUAACCAAUUAGAAGAGCAAUCUUUUGAUGCAGUAAUCAUGACGGCCCCUCUUGGUAAUGUUAAAGAGAUGAAGAUUACAAAACAAGGAAGACCAUUUCUGCUCAACUUUCUCCCUCAGGUGAAUUAUGUACCACUUUCUGUAAUAAUCACCACGUUCAAAAAGGAGGAUGUCAGGAGACCCCUUGAGGGAUUUGGAGUUCUUGUUCCUACCAAAGAACAAAGAAAUGGCUUAAAAACUCUGGGUACUCUCUUCUCUUCUAUGAUGUUUCCAGAUCGUGCCCCCAGUGACUUGUACCUUUAUACUACCUUUGUUGGGGGGACUCGAAACAAAGAACUUGCAAAAGCUUCAACGGAAGAGUUAACACAGAUUGUAACUUCUGACCUUAGGCAACUACUGGGAGUAGAGGGAGAACCGACAUUCGUGAAUCACUUCUAUUGGAGUAAAGCUUUUCCCCUGUAUGGACGUAACUAUGAUGCAGUUCUACAAGCAAUUGACAAGAUGGAACAAGACCUUCCAGGACUUUUUUAUGCAGGUAAUCAUAGAGGAGGACUGUCUGUUGGCAAAGCAAUAUCCUCUGGGUGCAGAGCAGCUGAUCUUGUAAUCUCAUGUCUGGAGUCUUCUUCCAUGUCCAGGGAGGGCUGAGAACCUAGAAAGGAAUUGGCUUGCAGAUACUGAGAACAGUUGAUCUUUUGUGUCAGGGCAGAUAGAUCCAGGCAUGCCAUGACCAGGUGAUUGCUGUAAUAUCUAGAGAAGCCUUUACUAGAAUGAGCAAACUCUAAAGUAGCAAAAUACAAGUAUUAUCUCUUUAAUUACCCAUUCCUUCUCUAUCCUGAGCCCUAAUUGCAUCAAAUAUAUUACUACUUCAGCAGCCAA